CACAGACAAUGCAAUCACACAAUCACUUCACACAAUGUUUUCCUAUCCAUUGGUUUGUGUUGUGUUUCAUGUGUCUGAAGACCACCGAUGAGACACUUGUGACACAAUUGAGGCCAUAAUAUGCAGAACCACAGCCACAAUGAGUCCAAACUGAUCUGCGAUUCACCGCUUUGGGACAAUGAGGUGUUUUGGUGGACAACGAGCCCACGACUCACCGAUUGCUUCCGACAGACACUUCUCAUCACAUUUGGUCCGAUAGUUCUGCUUCUGUUGACUCCUUUCGACUUCCGGUACUUUGUCUGCAAAGCCGUCACUCUAUCGAUUCCAUGGCGUCCCAGAAAUGUCUCAUCGGCGGUCUUAAACUUAGUGAUGAUAUCAAUCAGUUUCUGGCAUUUGCUUCGUUCCGUUUGGAAAGACGUGGACUUCUGGAGCACUGUCUUCGAGCCAAUGGUGGACUUCUUGGGCCUAUCGAUGGCAUACUUCCUGCAGAUCUAUUACCGGCGAAACGGGCGCCGGAUAUCGAUAGCCCUUCAGGUGUUUUGGUUGAUAACAGCCGUGGUGUCGAUAAUACGCCUCUAUUUGGAGCACAACCUCACGGACACCACAAUCACCCACAACACCAAUCAUUUGACUUAUCUGAUCGUCUAUUGUGUGUAUAUCUCGCUGUCAGUCAUACUCUUCCUCUUAUCGCACGUCUGUGACGAACCCUCCCAUCGAUACGUAAUCACCUCUUCGACAAACACCCACUCCUUCUGUGCCCUCGAGAACGAGUCGGCCCUCUCGAGGGUCACCUUCCUAUGGGUCCUCACAUUCCUCCGCAAAGGCUUUCACCGGAAACUCCAAUUCAAAGACUUGAACCGUAUUUGUCACUCAAUUAAAGCCAAAUACGUGUCGACACUGUUUCACAAAAUCUAUUCGCAAUACAACUCAAGACCUAAUACUCGAUCUCAUCGAAAGCCGAAACGCCUUCUCCCGGUGUUAUGGUGUCUGAGCUAUAAAUAUGUUUUAUUUGCUGUAUUACUGUUGGUUGUAUACCUACCGGCGCUAUACGGUCAGCCGUAUAUUCUCAAUAAAUUGAUAGACUUUCUGAAUGAUCCCAAAGACCUCUUAUGGCACGGAAUUGUCUUCUCCGUUGGAUUCGGUGUUUUAGGUGUUAUUUCAACCGUUAGUUACCAACAGAUCAAUGCUCUGAUGGAAAACACUGCCAUCAGAUUAAACAUUGUGUCCUUUGUCCUCAUCUCUAAUAUGAAGCCAAUUCUUAUCCACAGAAUAAUCGAUCGAUUCUGUGAUUCCUAUGUCUGCAGAGGGAGUGCACUGCGAGUCCACAACCAUUACGUCACCCAUUGCUGA